GCCGAACUUACCUACCUACCAAACCAAACUUUCCCUUGUCUCCUUUCCCCGCCGCUUCCUCGUCACAAAUCCGACUCCCUUCGAGAGAAGAAAAACCGAAGGCAAUGCUGGCGUGGAAGGAGAAGGUGGCCGACAGGCUCGCCCGCCUCCUGGCCGACUCCCCUCCCACCUCCUCCACCGCCGUCCAGCCGCAGGCAAUACCUUUUCCAGCAGAGCAUUUUACUUCCCCCAGCAAAGGAUCAUUAUCAUCUUAUGUGAUGUCCCUUCUGCCAACCUCAAACUCAGGACAUGAAGAUGCCUCGCCUUUUGCUAGAAGUAUGAGACCAUUACCUCCUGAAUCACUUGCUAAGCGAUGGAGAGGGAAUAAUUUCUCAUGGAAAGAUCGUCCGCUAGACUUGACCGAAGGGUCUGGUUCUGAAAGUGAGAGAGAUGAAAGGAAUGGAAGUUCUAAUAACAACCAUAUCCUCGAGUCACACAGGUCCGAGGAUAACCAUAAUGCUAAUGGGGAAACAUCAACGUCAGACCACUUUGGCUCUAUUUAUUAUUUAACGGAAAAGUCUAGAUUUGUAUCCCCAAAAUUGUUUGGGUUCUUUCAGUCUUCACUCCCUGGGACUUUAAAGGGAUGCCACUGGGUAUUGCUCUAUAGCACUUGGAAGCAUGGAAUAUCUCUAAGAACACUUCUUCGUAGAAGUGAGCAUCUUCAGGGUCCAUGCCUAUUGAUUGUAGGGGACAUGCAAGGGGCUGUUUUUGGUGGGUUACUGAAUGGUCCUUUGAGGCCUACAGAGAAAAGGAAAUAUCAGGGGACAAAUCAGACAUUUGUAUUCACAACUAUUUAUGGUGAACCAAGACUUUUUAGACCAACUGGUGCAAACAGGUACUACUAUUUGUGCUUGAAAGAUACUUUGGCAUUUGGAGGUGGUGGGAACUUUGCGUUGCGACUUGAUGAAGAUUUGAUACAUGGAACCAGUGGAUCAUGUGAGACAUUUGGGAACUCAUGUUUGGCUCAUGGUCCCGAUUUUGAAAUGAAGAAUGUUGAGUGACAUAUUCUUUCCUGCAGCUGUGGGGUUUCUCCCAUUCACGGGGAGGUUCGACAUAGCUGAUGAUGGCCACCGUUGCAUGUUAUGAAAUGGUUGGGUGUACUUAUUCUUACAUUGUAACAAUAUUUCUUUUUUCCUCGUUUAUGAUCUUCAUAUUGUUGUUCUAUUACUUUUAGUGCUAUAUAAAAAAGUUGUGUCCCUAGAGGCCAGAACUGCAAUUCUGAAUCAUAGAAUGUUUUUGCAGCAGCAGUGUGCACAUCAUUUUUUUAACUUGAGGGUAUACUAGUACAUCAACGUACCUCUGGUGUAAGAAAAUAAAGUGUGAAGCUGCCGGUGCUGGUGCUGCUAUUGAUUCUGGAUCUGAAUAGUCUGAUGAAUUACCUGCUUGUCUUUCUGGCAGAAUGAUGAUUACAUUUUUAGUACGAUGUCACAGUAACGCUUGUGACUUCCUCUUUAUGUCUUGAGGCAAUGAUUUAUCUGGAAUUACAACAUUUAUCAAAAUGAGUUUGUUCACGAAUUAAAUUAUUUCUUGUA